AACAGCAAGAAGAAGAAGAAGAAGAAGAAGAAUACUUCACAGUAAACGGAAAAAAUCUCGUUUAUUUUCAUGCUAAUAUGGCAGCGCAGUCGGGUGAAGGCGAUACGGGCAAUGGAAAUGAACAGAUUCUUGACUUGGGAGCUGCACUGCUGAAUAACUUCAUCUAUGAACGGGUUCGGCGGCAUGGUGAUUGUGAUGUUGAGGUAACCCGGAGUCAGUUGGGUGGCGUGGAAUUGUGUGACCCCAGCCAUAAACGCCUUGCAGAGUGUUUGCAGCAGAUUGGAGACGAGCUGGAUGGAAAUAUGCAGCUGCAAAGCAUGCUAAAUGACUCCAAACUUCAGCCUACUAAAGACGUCUUCAUCAAAGUGGCAUGUGAGAUCUUCUCUGAUGGGAAGUUCAACUGGGGCAGGGUGGUGGCACUUUUCUACUUUGCAUGUCGGCUUGUCAUCAAGGCUAUUUCGACAAAGAUUCCUGACAUUAUCAGAACCAUCAUCAGAUGGACUAUGUCCUACAUUCAGGAGCAUAUUAUUAACUGGAUUAGGGAACAGGGUGGCUGGGAGGGAAUUCGCUCUUACUUCGGGACCCCCACAUGGCAGACUAUUGGGGUCUUCCUGGCUGGAGUUCUCACCACUGUGCUGGUGAUCCGCAAGAUGUGAAGACAAGGACAGAGAGGAAGGUGGAGAGCAAGAGAAGGGAAAGUUAAGACAGAGAACAGAGGGUGAAACAGACUAGCAAAAGGGAACAGAAAGAUGUGGGGGUUUCGAAUAGAGAGACAGAAGGAAGAAAGGGAUGAAUAGGAGUUUUGAAAAUGAUUUCAUCUUAUAGAAAAAGAGAUUGAGAGGGAAAGAGAGAGAGUCAAGGAUGAUAUGGUUUUAUCAAGCCACUCUUGUUACUCUUGAGCCUAUAACCUUUCUCAUCUACAAGCUUAAAUCUCUAUAAUAUUUGCACUGAAAAUGAGAGUUUAAUGUGUAAGAGUUCAGGUUUAGGCAUAAUUUUAGGUAUUUAUUUUUUGUUUGGGGUUAAGGGUGUUUAGGUCAUAUAGGUUCAGAGGCUUGGGUAGAUUGGGUAUUUGAUUUAAUUUAUUGACAUUGUUUCAAUUCAUACAUUUGUCGUUUAAGAUCAGUCUCAUAUUCUUUGUCAAAUUGUGCAUAAUGGCAGUAAAAAUAAGAUUUAAUUUGAUUUAUAAUUGCUUUGUAAGUGUUGAAUUGCUGUUAUUUCUAAAUGUUUUUUUGCAAUGUGCUGUCAUCUGAAAGGAUGGGAAUGGGCUCAGGGUGUAUUUUGUGGAUAACUGAAUUUCUCCUCUCUUCCUCACUCCUCUCUUCUUUCUUUGUUCAUAGUCUCCUUCAACUCAUCACAGUAGGGACUAUGAAAUAUCUAAUCCAAAGGCAUGCAGUUGAUUGUACUUCAGCGAUGAAGGUACAAGUUUAGCCUCUUAAGUGUACGUCUUAGUGUUUGCAACAGUGUUUGAGCAUGGGAAUGCGACAAUGCAGCCAACCAAUCAGCACUCUGUUGCACUAUGUGGUUGUGUAUAAGUUAAUAUGAGCAAUGCAUCCUUCCUUUGACUGGGAUGGACAAGACAAGUGACUCUUAAAUGCAUUCAACUUCUCUGAGCCAUGACGAAUGUGUUUUUUACAUAACCAAAUUUUUUCCUUUUUGAACAGUGGAUUUACCUGCCUGACUGUCCAAAAACAGGACUAGUGCAGAUGUGAUUCUUUCCACAUAUGGGGAUGUAAUGAAUAUCAGUUUGUUUUGCUCGAGCUGGUGCAAACACUCAGUGAUUCUGUGCAUUUGAAAUACGCACAGACACUGACUUUUAUCUCUGACUUUCAGACAGAUCAGUUUAGCUCUUCCCCUCUGUAAAGUCUUCUCAGUACUGUAUUUUUACGAUGUUAGCCACACCCACAACCUAACUCUACUUGUAAUUGAUUUUUUUUAUUAAUUUGUUGUGUUUUUUUUACAGUGCCUUGGGCUUUUUACAAUACUAGCCACCAUUUUUCAUCUUUUUCUACGUCUUUGUAAAAUGGUAUGAAUUGUGCACCCUGAGGCAGUUUAUGCGCUGUGAGCUCAUGAAUUUGUUUUGUAAGAUGUAAAAUGAAAC